CUCAUCAGCCUUGAACAAGGCAGACAAAAAAAGAAGAAGUGUCAUCUGUAAAAUCAAAAUUCUCCGAUUCAGUCAUUGAUCAGAUCAGCCAUGGAGGUGAAUUCGAUUUGCUUGUGUCUGUGUGCUAUAGUAACUUCGAUGGCUAUUGAUUUCUAAUGUAUCAGAGACGAAUUGAUUUCAUAAAGUUUUACUUUUUUUUUAUGUCUGUGGUAAUCUUUUACCAUCUGUUCCUUUCGUAAGUGUUUGUUUGUUUAUGAAAUUUGUCGAAUCAAUUUUGGGAAAAAGGAAAAAACUUUAAGCCGUAUUGCUUGCUACUAGAGUUGAUUCCUCGGUAUCUUCUUGACGCCAAAAGCAUCCUAUAUGGUUUGAAAUUUUUAGAAGAUGUAAGGGUUUCUGAUAUGAGUUCACUUGGCAAUGCCACAUGAGCUAGUUUAGUAAUUCUGUUAUAAAAGUUGUGAUUUUUAUAGAGAGGCAUUAAGAGAAUUUGGAAGAUUUGAGAAUGGUUUUUGGUGUGGGGAUGCUUUUUGCAUUCACCAUUAGUGUUCUAUGAAUGCUUACUUGAAGUCUUUUCCUUUUUGAUUCUUUGUUUGGCUCGUUGAUUCCAGAAAAAAAACAAAUUAACUUUUGAUGUUUACAAACCUUAUCAAUUAGUGUCUUUUUUCACAAUUGUGUCUGCUCUUUUUUUUUGUAUUGGAUUAGAUUGAACUGAAAACUGCUCCUGCUGAUUUCCGGUUCCCUACAACAAACCAAACCAGGCACUGCUUUUCUCAUAUUUAGGCCAUCAUCAGUUUUGAUCACUUGUUGACAUUCAAAGAUCCUUCUGCAGGUGUACAACUGCGAAAGGCAAUGACUGCGAAAGGUUUGCCAAGUAUUACCGGGGCGCCCCCUGUCCUGGAGAAUGCGUUGGGGGUCUCCAUUAGUCUUUGCGUGAUACACAAAUCACAUUCCUCUACAUUGUGAUUCAUCCAUCAACAAUGUGUGUCUCCGUGUAUCUUAUCGCAGGUUGGGAAGUGGAACGAGCAGAGAGAGAGUGGGACUUUCCCGGGUGCUCAUUAAACUAGGCUGGUUCAUCCAUCUAUCUUGAUGAUGAGACAAUCAACGUCCACAAUGAUUGAACUGAAAACUGCUCCUGCUGAUUUCAGAUUCCCUACAACAAACCAAACCAGGCACUGCUUUACUCGGUACAUCGAGUUCCACAGGUGUACAACUGCAAAAGGUGAGGAGUCUAAUGACUGCGAAAGGUUUGCCAAGUAUUACCGCGCCCUCUGUCCUGGAGAAUGGGUUGAGAAGUGGAACGAGCAGAGGGAGAGUGGGACUUUUCCAGGUCCUCUUUGAACCAGGCUGGUUCAUCAAUCUUGAUGAUGAGGCAAUCAAAUUCCACAAUGAUGGUACAUGUGUGUUUGAAGACCACUGAUACAACUUAUUUUUUGUAAAGCUGAAAUAAUAGUAAUGAAUGAUAAGUAUACUUAAUUUUGGAUUUA